AUACCCGGGAUGCCCGGUCCAAAAGGACAAGACGAUACAACGGUUUACGCACCAAUCCAAUGUCCUCCUCCAGAUCCCACAUGUAUCAAGUGUCCUCCAGGACCAGCGGGACCACCAGGACCACCCGGCGCACAAGGAUUGCCUGGAGAAAUGGGUAUGCCUGGAGCACUGGGUCCCAUCGGUCCCUCCGGUCAAGCUGGUUCACCAGGAAUGAAGGGACCCGAUGGCCGUCCAGGUGCACAAGGGAUGAUCGGAACUCCGGGCAAGGACGCACAUUACUGUCCUUGUCCCACUCGUGGUUCAGUGAUCUCUCCAAUAAUUCCAUCAUAUUCUCGUGGUGCUGCGGCUGUUGCUCCUCCGAUUAAGUCGUACUACCCUGGUAGUGCUCCAACCGUCGUUUCUCCGCCAGCCUUGGCUGGCCCUCCAUCCAUGGCUCCCCCACAAGCCAUAGCUCCUCCGCCAUCAUCAUAUUAUCCGAGUAGUGCUUCAGCUGUUGCUUCCCCGCUAGCCAUGGCUCCUCCGCCACCUAUGGCUCCUCCACAAGCCAUGGCUCCUCCGUCACCUAUGCCUCCACCUCCAUCUUAUCCUGGUCGUGCUCCUUCGGCUGCAUAUCAGCCAGUAUCAUAUUAUACUGUUCGUACGGGCCCACAGAUGGUGUAUCCAGUGCCGAUGAGUGGAUCAGCCAUGGGUUAUGGAAGGAAAUCGGCACUGAGGAAAAAGAUGAAGCUGAAGAAGAGUUGA